UUAUUGCUCCAGCUACCGAUGCAAUCUGGCUAGUUUAGGUAGUCCUGCUGACUCAGGGACAAGCUAAAGGAAACCAGUGCAAACGACUGCAAGAGGAGAGAAGUUCACUCUGUCAGUGUUUCUACAUCCUAAGCAGCCCAGAUCAUAAUCCAAAGAACAUCUUUCAAGACAGAUCUACACUCUGAGACAAUGCAGCUGAAUCUUCCUCUCCUUUCUCUUUGCCUUCUUGGCACAGUCAUCCUGUGUGGAGGGCAGACACAGCCCACAGAGGCCCCUGCUCCAACAACCCCUGCUCCACCAACCCCUGCUCCAGCAACCACUGUAACUGUUCCAACCAGCCCUACUGUAACUGAUCCAGCAACCACUGUAACUGUUCCAACCACCCCUACUGGAACUGUUCCAACCACCCCUACUGGAACUGUUCCAACCACCCCUACUGGAACUGCUACAACCACCCCUACUGGAACUGCUACAACCACCACUGCUGGAACUGGUACAACCACUGCUUCAUCAGGAGAGCUCUCAUCUGGUGCUAUAGCCGGUAUUGCCAUCGGCUCCAUCGCUGGAGUGGCUGCUGUUGGUGGUGGUAUCUUUGGUGGGCUGAAGUACUUUAAGAGGAUCUGAGCCUAGUCAAAUCCUGACCUGUUCAACUGGACAAUGAAAAGACCUUAAUGUCUGAAAGGCUCAUAUCAGAAUAAAACAAGAUUAAUUGAAAAUACUGACAUGGGCCAAGAGGAAGACAUUAAAGGGAAUUCGACGACUUUGUUAAUUUGAUUGUGAGGAAAUAAUCUUAAAUUGAUCUGAUGACUUUCUGUUGUAUUUUAUAUAUAUUAUAUUUUUGGUCAUGUUAUUUUCUUCAUUGGAAGAAAAGGGUGCCUUUAGAUUAAAUAGAAUGGAGAGUCCUUUUCUAAUGCAUUAAAUGUAAUUAAACAGAGCUUUUGAUUCAAUAAAUACAUUUCCCUUAAUGUAUUUACAUCUAAUAACUUUGUUAUUUUGUAUUUCAAUAUACAGGGUAGCUAAAUAAUAAGCUAGAUUUCUUAAUAACUUUUUUUUUUUUAUAGAUGGUAGUCUAUAGUGUGUGUGAAGCACGUGCAGCCUUUGAGAUUUCAGAGAAAAAUGUAAUUGUCGCCUCAGAGCCACUGUAAUACAGAUAAUACUGAAAAAUACUAUCUUUCUGGUCUUCUUUAAAAAAAUAUAUUUCUUCAGACAUUCUUUUCAACUGAGUAUUUUUGUCGACUGUUUUCUUAUUGACUGGGCUUGAAGAAAAAUGCUUUGUAAUCAAUCCAUACAUUUAAUAAAUAACUGUUUUCCC